ACCAAAGCAAUAAUCAAAAUCAAAAUGCCCAAAAAGAUGGAUCAAAACCAUGUCAUCACAAUAGAUAAAAAAGAAGUGGAUAUUAUGAUGACCCAAAUAAGAAAGCCACCAAGAUUACUCAACAGAUUAGCCGGCCACAGUUCUUGUUGCAUAUUUAGAGUCCCUCAAAGUCUAGUUGAAAUCAACAAAGAAGCAUAUCAACCUCGAAUUGUGUCAAUCGGCCCAUACCACUAUGGGAACAAAGAUCUUGAGAUGAUUCAAGAACAUAAAGGGAGGUUCCUCGACAAUAUGAUCACAAGAACGGGUAAGUCACUUAGUGUUUUUGUGAGCAUCAUAGUGCCAUUGGACAAAGAAAUUCGAGAGAGCUACUCGGAGUCUAUUGAUCAUUUUGCUAAAAAUGAUCUAGCCAAAAUGAUGGUGCUUGAUGGGGUUUUCUUGAUUGAAUUGUUUAGAAAAGUUGGGAAGUUGGUUGACACUCAUCCGGAUGAUCCCAUCUUUAAAAUGGCAUGGGUUUCUCCAUUUUUGAUGAGAGAUAUUUUGAGGAUAGAGAAUCAAAUCCCAUUUUUCGUUCUACAAAAGUUGUAUGAAGCGUCUAAAGGUGACGAUGUGGAUCGCACGCUUCAAUCUUUAAUCCUAGAGUUUUUCAAUUACAUGGUUGAUAGGCCACAAAAUGUUUUAAAGCGGUAUGCAAAUGAUGAUGGAAAACAUUUACUUGAUUUUUUUCGAAAGAGUUUCAUAACUACGAAUAAUAAUAUAAACUCGUUUGGUUCUGAAAAUACCAUCAACCCUUCCCUUAAACUCAUCAAACCCGCAACCAAACUUGUUACCGCUGGGGUCAAGUUCAAGGCUAAUCAUGAAGCCGAAAGCUUCUUAGACAUUGAAUUCAAAAAUGGGCUGCUUUUAAUUCCUCAAAUCAAUAUGGAUGAUUUCUAUAGUUCCUUUUUUCUAAACUGCAUGGCUUUCAAGCAAUGCUAUCAUCAUUGUUCGAAAGACAUUACAACGUAUGUUGUGUUCAUGGGUUGUCUCAUGCGCACCUCAGCGGACGUGAGUUUGCUUUCGGAAAAAAAGAUUAUCGAGAAUUAUUUUGGCACGGAUAAAGAGAUUUCAAAAUUCUUCAAUGAGGUUGGAAAAGAUGUGGCUUUUAAUAUUAAGAAUAAUUACUUAAAAGAUUUGUUUGUGGAGUUAAACGAGUAUUGUAAGAAUGGGUUGCAUGUACAUUGGGCCGAGUUUAAACAUAACUAUUUUGGUAGCCUCUGGAUCACAAUAUCGGCAAUUGCGGCUUUUAUGUUGCUUUGUUUUGCAGCUCUCCAAACAAUUUACACCCUUAUUUCUUAUUACCAUAUAAGAAAGAUUGAGAUUACUUGUUGGUGGGUGGCUGGUGGUUGUUGCAGCGGCACUCCGGUGAUGGUGUAUUGUUCUGAUUGUUAAGUUCGUUUAAUUAAGUUGAGUUCAUGUUGUGUAUUCCAUCCUGUAACUUUUGGUUUGUUGCAAGUUAUUAAUAACAUUUGUUUUGUCAUAUGGGUCCUUGUAGCUAUCUCAAGUUUAAUAAACAUUAAGCAUUGUAUAGUUUAUGUUACGAGAUUGGUUGA